CUGAAAUUACUAAAGAGGAACAAAAAAGAAAAAAGAAAAAGAAAGAGGUGGAUGAGCUUCCAGGUGAAAGGGGGACUCGUCCUGUUCUGCAAGAACUGACAGACGGGAUAAUGUUGAUAAUGGCUAGAGAAGUUGGUUCUCUAAGCUCCAUAUCUCCGAUUCCAAUCUCAAGAAAACAUUGUUUUUCUAAACCCAAUUCUCCCUAUAAUUUCUGCACUAAGAUUCGGAAGCAACAACACGCCAUUUCUGUAUGCAGAGCCACUCUAGUUGUUUCCACAAACACCUCCGCCAAGGCCCCGCCGUCAUCACGCAGUCAGACUUCAAUAUUUGAUCCAUUGGGCAUCGAAUCUGAAAAACCAUCAGCUCUACAUUCUGCAUGGGAAAGUGUCUUGAGCUUGCUUUCCCAGACAUUUGAGAGUACUUCUGGUACCAGGAAGGAGAAGUCAUCAUCAUCGAAAGGGGUCGCAGCUGCGAUAGAGGACACUAGCAUUGAUGUUGGAGACUUUUUCAAAGGCCCAUUGCCGGGAAAGUUUCUCAAACUCUUAGGACUAUUGGCAUUGUCUCGACUUGGAAUUUAUGUACCUCUUGGUGGAGUAAAUCAGGAGGCUUUUGUUGGUAACUUAGACCAAAACAGUUUUUUGAGCACUUUGGAUUCAUUUUCUGGAGGAGGUAUUGGCCGGCUUGGUAUUUGUUCUCUUGGAAUUGUACCCUUUAUCAAUGCACAAAUUGUGUUUCAGCUUCUCACUCAGAUCUACCCCAAGUUACAAGAACUUCAAAAGAGAGAAGGCGAAGCUGGGAGAAAGAAGAUUCAACAAUAUACUCGUUAUGCUUCAGUUGGAUUUGCCAUAGUACAGGCAAUCGGCCAAGUCCUAUUUCUGCGCCCUUAUGUUGAUGACUUUAGUACUCAAUGGGUUCUUUCUUCGGUCGUAUUAUUGACUCUUGGCUCAGCAUUUACAACAUAUAUUGGAGAACGUAUUACUGACUUAAAACUCGGAAAUGGAACAUCACUUUUAAUCUUCACCAAUAUUAUUUCUUACUUACCAGCAUCGUUUGGAAGGACAGUUGCGCAAGCAUACCGGGAUGGCAAUUACGUAGGGCUGAUUGCCAUCAUUGUUUCCUUCUUCCUUCUAGUUCUCGGUAUUGUAUAUGUUCAGGAAGCGGAGAGGAAAAUUCCGAUCAACUAUGCUAACAGAUAUACUAGUAGAACUGGAGGACUUCAAAGAUCUGCAUAUUUGCCCUUUAAGGUGAAUAGCUCUGGUGUCAUGCCAAUCAUCUUCUCAACAUCUUCAUUAGCUCUUCCUGGCACUCUGGCCCGCUUUACUGGCUUGAGCGUGCUCAAAAAGGCUGCUGGAGCCUUGAAUCCUGGAGGUUCUUUCUACCUCCCAACAAAUAUUCUUUUGAUUGCCUUCUUCAACUACUACUACACCUUCCUGCAAUUAGACCCUGAUGAUGUCAGUGAACAAUUGAAGCGUCAAGGUGCCUCAAUCCCACUUGUUCGACCGGGUAAAAGUACUGCGGCAUUUAUUAGAACGGUACUUAGCCGGAUAUCAGUUCUUGGUUCUGCAUUUUUGGCAAUUUUAGCUGCUGGUCCUGCUUUGAUUGAACAAACUACACAUCUGACUGCUUUCCGAGGAUUUGCAGGCACUUCAGUUCUAAUUCUUGUUGGUUGUGCUACUGACACCGCAAGAAAAGUUCAGGCAGAAAUAAUUUCUCAGAAGUAUAGAAACAUAGAGAUUUAUGAUAUUGAUGAGAAGUUCUGACCUCAAAUAGCACAAUCAGAUUAGACCACCGCUAAACAAGGCUGCGGAUCGGUCAGAAUUGUCCCGGUAUGUUUAGCAAGGCUACAUAUUAAUCAGGAAAGUGGAAAUUUCGUGUAAAUUUUGUGGGAUAACUGCCAUUACUUGAGUUUAUACUUUUUGUUUGGUUAGUUGAAAUAUCCAAAUCCAUUUUUUUUGGGGGUAAUUUUUACGACAAAUGUAACUACAGAAACUUCCUCCCUUCCUUCCAUAUACUUUAUGGUACAGUACUGGAAAUAUUCUAUUAUGGCGCUUAUAUUAGAGGGUAUCGACUGAUUGUGAUCGAUAAGUAUGGUCGACAACAUAAGUCUACACCAUGAAAGGCGAUGCGACACUUAGAGAUUGGAAGAUGAUGAUCUCAGGCCGCGCAAUUAAUUGUUGAGCAAGCAACAAGAGUUAUCAAGCAAUAUCAAUGAGAAUUGUUUAGGAGCCGUUUGUUUUGUCACCGUGAAUCCUAAAUGGAAAUGUAUUCAAAUAGUGUUUUGAAUCUUAAUGGAACCGCGAUUACAAUUGCACCGAAUGGUACAAUAUUUAGAAUGAUUUGACUUAAUGUUAAAAAUAUUUACUAAACUCUGAAAUUGGUCAUCCCAAUCAAUAUAUGCUCCC